AUGGGGAAGAUCGAGCCGCCGUUUCUCUACGACCCGCCAUCUCUCUAUCCCAAGUCCGCACAGGUUGCCGACUUCAACCCCAAGGCUGUUACGCUGAACAGCUGGGCGCCUCGGCCGCAGAAGCCAAAGAAAGAUGGGCCCUUGGUCAACUUCAACCAGCAUCCAGACUCGGUAACUAACAUUGCUCUGCCGUUUAUAUGUUUCAGCCUGGAAGAAAUCUAA